AUGGCUCCUGGGGACCCAGUCCUCUUAGCUGGGGCUUUUGAGAACUGCACAUUCACCGAAGAUGGAUUCCCUGAUGACAGCACUUGUUAUGUGCCAUUCUGGAGCACAAGGACGGGAUCCAUCCUGAAAUGGUCGCUCUUCCUCGGCAUAGUAGUCGUACUCUGCUUGUACCUUUUGAUAGGCUACAUACACGCGCAAAACAGGAUACAGAAGGGCCUGCCGCCCCUGAGCUAUCACCGAUUCCUGGUGUCCCACGCAACUCUUGCCCCAGUCGACCCUCACUAUCGGCCUCCUCAGCCCGCAAGCUUCUACCCGUAUACCCCUGAACGGCACUACUACGACAUGCAUGCCACGCCUCCACCUGUAUACGACCCCAAUGCGCCACGGCCGCCCAAGUACGAGCCCCCUGCCGGCUCGACAAAGGUAAGGUCCACUCACCAGGCCGAAGCCGGGCAGAGUCAGCAGGGACAGCAGAGUCAGCAACAGAACGAGGAGCGAUUCGAGUAUGCGCCGCCGCCCGGUCCUCCAGCGAGUUCCAUGUGGGCACAGGGUACGGGCAACACCGACACCUUCCGCAACUGA